AUGACAACUUUCAAUUCAGCCAGUGGUAGUGUUGCUAGACUUGGGAAAUCCAAAUACCUCGCUGCAAAAUACUUUCAAUACGCCUGCGCUGCUUCUGGCAUUGGGUGUCUCGUUCUUUUCCUGUGCGGCCUAGCAUCCGCAGGAUUCCUCCCUCCAAUCAGACCAAGUUUGACUGCAGAGCAAACCACCAAGCACUACAGAGACCACAAAACAGGGGUAAAGGUCGCUGUCAUCUUCUUGAUGCUCUCUGGGAUGUUUUAUCUACCAUUUACGGCGGUCAUAUCCGGACAGAUUAGACGAAUUCCCAAUCUUCACUCUUCGGUCCACUCUCUGCAAUUGGCUGCAGGUGCAGCGGGUAUAUUUACCUUUCUUAUACCACCAAUGAUUCUUGCCGUCAUCACAUACCGCCUCGACCGCAACCCCGAAAUCACCCAAGUUCUAAGCGAUCUGUUUUUCAUCAUCGCUCUUAUACCAUGGCCAACAUUUCUCAUUCAGAAUUUCGCUUUCUCCUACGCAGUCCUGGUUGACCAUCGAGAAAAGCCAAUCUUCCCGAAAUAUAUCGCUUUGGUAAAUGUCGUGUCACCCGUUCUUUUCGUACCCGGGAUUAGCAUGCACUUUGUCAAGUCUGGCCCUUUAGCAUGGAAUGGUGGAGUCAGUUUUUGGAUGGCAGCUGUGGCCUUUGGGAUUCAAGUCUGCAUCGAUUCAUUGUCUUUGAUGCGAUGUAUAACAAUAGAGAGCCAAGAAAAUGCCACGGAAAAUGAAUUAUCAACAAGAGAGCUAUAA